UUUUCUUGCGGGAAAAARAGUUAGCUGGCUAGCUACUCAACCAAAAAUAACGUAUCGGUUUGUGUACAAAGGCAAUACUUGUAUUUCUGAAAUACCUUUUUCUCAAACGAACUCUUAGUUAAUGUUCAAGUGUCACGAACGUGAGUACUGUAUGCAGCUGAAAACUUGAGAUGUUUACAUGCUAACAUGGUCAGCUAACCAUGUUGUUACGUUAGCCCAGCACCACACAGCUGACUUCGAACUGUCAAGAAUGGAGAGUUUACUUGUCAAAGAGAGUCCGCUGUUGUUACCACUCAACAAGGAGAAAACUGUCUAUGAUGGAUUUAUCACGGUUCAGGAGAGAGACUUCAGAAUAAGAAUACUGCUUCCACCAGAUCAUCAACUUAAACUGGCUAAGCUUCACUGCUGCUGGCAGUUGAAACAGCUAUUGUGUGGAUAUGGGCACAUAGUAAAACAGAGAUUACAUCACUCUCCUGAUCUAGUCAGCUUUGUUCUGGAGCUGAAGACUGUCCUGGAAGUGGCCCUCAAGUGCAGGCCAGAGUGUCGCUCCAUCCCACCUCCACAGUACUACUCUCAGCUCAUCAUUGAGAUGGAGGACCUGGGAUGGGAUAAGCUGGUGUCCAUUGACACGGAGUUCCGCACACUGAGACUGAGGGCUGAGGACUCCUCAGGACGACAGCACGUCGUCACCGUCAAACUGACGCCCAAGCACCCUGUAGAGGCCCCAUGGUGCUCCGCAGACCUACCUGUUCCACUGGCCAUGACUUGGACACCACAGAGUUCUCUGGGCCAUGUUCACACUCAGUUCCUGCUGCUUCUAGAGUCUCUGGCUGAGUUUUGGGCGGUUCUAGAUGAGAUCGAUGAAAAGACCUGGGUUCUAGAGCCAGAGAAACCCAGCAGAGCCGACACCAUGAGGAGGAUCGCCAUCGCAAAUAACGUGUCCAUAAAAGUGGAGGUUGACACGCAACACCCAAAGAUGUUGCCAGAGUGCUGCCUGCUUGGAGCUGAGCAUGUGGUAACACCUUUGAGGAACAAGCUGAAUGCCAACAUGCAUUUAUGGAACCCGGACUGCAGCAUCUUGCAGAACCUCCGGGAUGUUUUGGAGAUAGAAUUCCCAUCACCUGCCACCCACGAAAAAUCUAGUUUCAGUGCAGAGUGUGGGAUCUGUUACGCCUACCGUCUGGAGUCGGCCAUUCCUGACCAGGUGUGCAACGACCCUCGCUGCGGCCAACCCUUCCACCAGGCCUGUCUGUACGAGUGGUUGCGUGGACUACCUUCCAGUCGCCAGAGCUUCAACAUAGUGUUUGGAGAGUGUCCCUACUGCAGCAAGCCCAUCACAGUGAAGAUGUCCACCCAGAAACCCUGAGCGCCGACUGAAGCCUGGGCAUAGAGCUAUAUGGUUUAACAUGAGCCUCAGCAAAUA